CAUUUGUGUAGUGUAAUGAACCACGCACAGACGAUGCUCCAGCAGCUGACAUAUCUUUAUCACAUUCAGCAUCCUUAGGAAAGAAAGGAACUGAUUCAGGUCCUACUCAUGUACUGGUUGUUCGUGGGUUGGAUGAAAAUGCUGAUGAGGAAAUGCUCCGUUAUGAGUUCUCUAAACAUGCUCCAAUUAAGGAUCUUCGCCUUGUUAGAGACAAGUUCACUCAUGUGUCAAGGGGGUUUGCUUUUGUUCAUUUCCAUUCGGUUGGUGAUGCCACAAAAACUCUAGAAGCUACAAAUGGAACAACGCUUGAGAAGAAUGGGCAAAUCCUAAGAGUAGCGUAUGCAAAAAGCAUUCUUGGGCCUGGAUCCGGGGCAUCGGGAGCUUCACAGUCAAGCAGCCUACUGCUGCAAUUGAGGCUGCAGCAUUUUCUCAACAGGUAUUUGAUGGUCUCUUUAGCUUUAAUGAAGAUGUCAGCUAUGAUACUGUUUUGAAAAUCAUAUUAGCUGCCAUGCAGUGUAGAAGCAUUUGUGUUGAACCUCUAACCUCAAUCAUGUGUUUACAAAAUGCAUUUUAGUGUUUAGUUAUCUCUUCCGUAUGAUGCUUUACAUUUAUUUCUCCCAUUUUUUAUUCUGAAUGUAUUGUAUCAAGUAUCAAGUAUCAAGGAGUCCUUUCGAGAAAAUUUGUUGUUGUAGCAGAUUUCAACAAAUUAAACUAAGAGCAUACAACACCGCUGAAUGAGAAGAGUGCAGCAAGCAAAUUGAUGUGGCUUGAAGGCUGAAUUAGGGCUGAAUAGAUGAGUAAGAAAGAAGAUGGAACUUCAGAAAACUUAGGGUUAUAAAACUCCAGUUUCUUUCUACUAGUUCAAGAAAAGUAACUAGAAUAAUGCGGCUGUAAAUAUUUUACAGCCUAUUUAUACUAGGUUUAUAUAUAAAUUUGUAA